UUAACUUCCAAUGCAGAGAGCAAGGCUGUGUAUAGGAGCAGCACAGCAAAAUGCUCAGCUCUUUGGACCAAAUCAAGUAGAUCUACCCUUGCAUCAGAAACAGUGGAGGAAGUCAGCAAAAGAAAGCUCCUGGUACCAACAUCCACAAGGUGGAAUUCAUUUUUUGAUGCUGUAAAGAGAGUUGCAGAAAUCCCCAUGUGUGAGCUGAAUACUCUGUGCACCAAGCUGGGAGUUAAGUGCUUCAAAGAGAAAGAGUACCAGUUUCUGCAUGAGUACUGCACCGCCAUGAAGCCUCUGACUGCAGCACUUGAUAUUUUACAAGGUGACUGUCCUUAUGGGACUUUACUGCCCACACUUGAAGUUCUGAUGCAGAAGACCCUGGAUGUGAAAGAUGCCCUAUCCAGUAUGACUGCAGGCCUUCCAGAUGCCAUAGUGCAGGCUAUCCAGACUCGUUUUGGCGGUGUGCUGGACGACAAAGAUGCCCUUCUCGCAGCAGUCAGUUGUCCAAAAUUCAAACUCAGAUGGCUGAGAGAUGCAGGUAGGAGAGAGCGAGUAAAAGAGCUUCUGACAGCAGAGUGCCGCCGUACAACUGCUCUUGCAGCACAGAGCCCUGCUAGUGUGCCCUCCACAUCUGCCAGCCAAGGUGAGAUGGACUUUUUCACUUUUGAGGCAGAGCCAGAGGAGACCUAUUCUGCAGAAAAUGAAGUCAUGGACUACCUGAGGUCAGCAUAUGACCUUCAGAUUCUGCAUCAGUUUUCAAACAUAAAGAACAUUUUCUUGAAGUAUAACACUCCAACCCCAUCAAGUGCUCCUGUGGAGCGGCUUUUCAGUCUGGGAGGUUUGGUGCUCACUCCUAGAAGAAAUAGACUUUCUGACAAAAGGUUUGAGAAGCUUCUGUUAAUGAGGUACAACCACUGGUUUACUCGCCCCACUCCACUGUUUCACUCAUAACAUGGGAUUACACCAUAAGAUUAGGCCAAAGUAACAAAAGUAAAAAAAACAUGAUAUAAGCUUACAUGUGGUGUUAUACAC